CUUCACCACUCAACUUUACUCCUAUCUCCCCCCUUAUUCCCCACGCCUCCCUUACACCCUCAAACAACCAGCAUGAGGCCGAUUUAACCCGAAAAAAGUCAAAUUUCUUCAUGAAGACGGAUAUGGAAACGUCUCAUUAUCUAUCCCCAGAGGGGAUAAUCCUCCCCCCUAGUCCCGUCGAAUCGGUCGACUCAGCUGAACCAACUGCGCCGGGGACUGGUGGGGAUCAAGAGAACGACGUCAUGAUAACUUUGUCACGUCCUCCGACCACUUCGCCGACCCGCUUGCCUUUCGCCCGUUCUCAUUUUCGGUCUCGAUCUCUGGCGGAGGUAUCUGGCCUACCUCCCAUGACGCGCGCUCACUCCUCCCCGGGGCUGGACUCUCGGGGUAGAUAUAUCUUCGUGAAUGGUCGCGAAGCGCCAACCAGUUCGCCGGACAAUGCCGCGAAACGCCAUCUACCCUUUCAGGCCUCAAUCGGGGAUAGUCUUGAGGCUAGAAUGGCACCCUUGAACAUCUCUGAACCCAUUCUGGAGUACGCUGAGCUGGACACCGCGUCGUCUUUGCCUCAAGGGGAACCUCGUACGGCUUCGCCUGUGCAUUCCAACACCUUUCCCCGUAUGGCGCGCCGACGACCGUCAUCCCCCCUCCAUUUCAACCCGAUGAAUUCCACCGCUCAAUCCGCUAGCAGUCCCUCUUCUGCCCAUUCGUCUCCGGUAAUUCUCACUUCGAGAUACAACGAAAUUUAUCCCGGUUAUUCGACGUCUUCGGCUUCAUCGAUGCCCUCUACGCCCACAAGCCUUCGCUCCCGUAGUCCAAGUAUCUCAUCUUUGGAAACUAUCCCGGACAUUCCCGAUGCCGAAGCCGCCGCUAUCGAAGCUGAUCAGAUUGCUGCAUUGAAAGCUGCAGCCGACAGAGCAGACGAGGCGGACGCCGCGGCUAACGGAAAUCGACGACGAGGCGCAUCAGAUGCGUCGGGUCCCUCAAGCUCACUGAUGAACACGCGAACUGUAUCAGGGGGUUAUGGACUCAGAGCCGACAAAAGGAAACGGUGGAGCGUUUGUGGGGCCGAACGUCGCCAAGAUCUAGACCUGGAGACGAUUUGGGAAGAUUGAUUCGCUGGUUACAACUACUUGUUCAAAUCGCAACAU